GCUCGGCUGAUCAUCGUGCUUUGUUGAUAAAAAAUAAAGAAAAAAUAAAAAAAGGAGCAUGAAUCUUUGUAAUUGCUGCGAACAUAUCGUUUGAAAAGCCAAAGAGAGAAGAUCGAAUGCUAAAUAUACUUUGUACAGUGUAUAUAAAACAAAUCAAAAGUUAAAUGCGCACACAGAACAUCUGCACUUACCGCAAAUUUUAAAGUCGCAACAUAAAGGUGGUUUUAAACCAAAGUAAUGUCGUAUGCGGAUCUUAACGAUGAUGAUACAACUCGUCCCUUGCUCCCUCAAGUGAAAGUCAUACAAGAUCAUAGAAAUCAUAAUAAUUGCAACGAUGCCCAUUCUGCGGAGAACCACGCAAUAACAUUUUAUGCAACACCUGCCGCUCCUACACCUGGUGUUGAGGUUACUUCACCAAGUCAACAUUGGCAUAAUCAAAGUCACAGGAGUGAAGAAACGUCAUCUCUGCUGACGUUAGCAUCUGAUAGAAGGAUAUCGGAUCCAAGAAGAACUUUUUGUCUUUUCGUCACCUUUGACUUUCUUAUUACGGUUCUAUUGUGGCUCACUGAAUGUGGGAUCUCAAGCACAAACGGGAAGGAUCCAUUUUUCACAAUCCUUAAUUUCCAAAUGUCACAUUUUUAUAAACCUUCCGAAUCAUUGUUUGAUGUCACAAUGUUAGCAGCAGUACGUUUCUUGUUCCUGGUGUUAUCAUAUGCGAUACUGCGCAUCAAACAUUAUUGGCCAGUUGCUGUGAGCACUGCUGUUAGUGAUGUUCUGCUUAUUCUGAAAAUAUUUGGAAUAUUUGCCAUGAGCAAACAGACCUCAAGUUUGAAUCUUCCCAUGACAAUAGUUGUUGUGUUGGCUGACUUUGUUUUAACUUGGAUUGAAGUUUGGUUCGUGGAUUUUAAAGUUCUACCUGCUGAGAUGAAACUUGCACAAAAAACAGUUCGUGAUUUCCUCCAGCAGUCUUACCAAUCCACUCCUCCACAAGAUGAUGGUCGUAGGUUUGUUCCUCGUCCCUCGUACGGAGCAACAUCCGAACGUGCCUCGUUCUACUCACCUGCUGCUACACCACCAGGUUCAGAGUGCGGUCAUGCGGAGUCAAUGUAUUACUCGAUGCAUGGUUACCAUAGAAACAACUCAAACUGGAGCGAGGCCGAUGUCGCAAUCGUAAACGAGGGGAAGAACGGGCUCGACCAACUGUGGGAACUUUAUCAGAAUAAUACGAUAUGGAAGACUGAGAAAGUUCUGAGCAACGGUGACACAGUGUUCAGUUACGACAACAAAGAAUUUGGAAAAACUUUUAAAAUUGUUGCAAAUAUUCCUGCAGUCACACCAAGUGUGCUAUUUAAUGAAAUAAUAAGGAAACCGGAAGAAAUGCCACAGUGGAAUAAAACUGUUUCAGAUGUCAAGGUUCUUGGUAAAGUAGGUGAGCAGACGUUCAUCACACUUGAAGUAUCGGCUCCUGCUGCCAUGGGGUUGAUAUCGAGUCGUGAGUUUGUUACGGUUCGUCGAGUUGAUAAGUUUGGUGACGAUUACGUCAGUGCAGGGAUAAGCACCAACGCAUGUGAACAUAUGGUGCCCAAGUCAAACUUUGUAAGAGGGGUAAACGGACCAACGGGAUUCGUGGUAGGACCUGGUGCUGAUGGACCUUACUCAACUAAGUUUAUUUGGAUUUUAAACACAAACCUCAUGGGAAAUUUAUCUCGUUCUCUCGUAAAUCGAAACUUAACUUCUACCAUGAUCAACUUUGUAUCUGCAAUGAAAGAAAGAUUAAAGGUGCUUUAAGAAGACAAACAAACCAAUAUACCACAGUUAAUCACAUUUUAAAACUUAACAUUAGAGUUCAGUUAUUUCCAAAUUAACUCAUUCCAACCACGUUCCAUAUUACCUGGUUUCAGUUUCAUACUAAACAUAUUUUAAUUGCACUUGUGAUGUAAUAAUGACAUCACAAAACAUGUGUUUAAUGACGUCAUAUAACACGUCUCUCUUUAAUGAUGCCAUGCACUUUCAUGUUAGACUAAUUUUGAUAUUUUAUUAUUGAUAUACCUAUCAAAAUUUUAGGCGAUUUUAUUUUUGAGUGUUUUCGUUGCAGCUAUGUGAAUUUAAAAGUUUUAAACUUUUGUGCGUAUUUUGUUAUGCCGUGUUUCAUCUCGCCAAUAAAAUAGUGUUGAAAGUA